AUGUCUUUCCCGCAGCUCGGCUACCCGCAGUACUUAAGUGCCUCCCAGGCGGUGUACGGGAGCGAGAGACCGGGAGUGCUUACGCCUUCGUCCCGGGGAGGGAGCACUGAAAUGGGGGGAAGCCCGUCCGCCGCCACCGCCGCGGCUGUGUCCUCGGUGUUGGGCAUGUACGCCAACCCGUACGCACACAACUACAGCGCUUUCUUACCGUACACCAGCGCGGACUUGGCUCUUUUCUCACAAAUGGGAUCCCAGUACGAGCUGAAGGACAGUCCUGGCGUCCAUCCGGCCAGCUUUGCAGCCCACACGUCUCCGGCCUUUUAUCCUUACGGACAGUUUCAGUACGGGGACCCGGCCAGGCCCAAGAACGCCACCCGGGAGAGCACCAGCACCCUGAAGGCCUGGCUCAACGAGCACAGGAAGAACCCGUACCCGACCAAAGGAGAGAAGAUCAUGCUGGCCAUCAUCACCAAGAUGACCCUGACGCAGGUCUCCACAUGGUUCGCCAACGCCAGGAGGAGGCUCAAGAAGGAGAACAAGGUGACCUGGGGAAGCAGGAGCAAAGAGGACGGGGAGGACGGGAACUUGUUCGGCAGCGGGGACGAGGGGGAGAAGAACGAAGACGAGGAGGAGAUUGAUUUGGAGAGCAUAGACAUAGACAAGAUCGACGACAACGACGGAGAUCAGAGCAACGAGGACGAUGACGAUAAAUCAACGGAGGGCAGCAGGGACCACAGGGGCAGCGUCGGGGCGGGGGGGUUGGACAGCUUGGAGAAGAGACGGGCCUUCACCCUACAGGCCCAUGAGGCCUUUGACAAAUCUAAGAGCACAAUUUUAGUUCACCCAGGGAGUAAGGAGAACUCGGACGGCAACAACAACACCACCACCAGAGUGCUGUCCCCGGACAGACCCGGGAGCUUUCCUCUCCCGUCUAACAAUAAGCCCAAAAUAUGGUCUUUAGCAGAGACCGCUACGAGUCCAGAUAGUUCUUCUCAGAAACCCACGUCCCCAUGUGGCCCAGGAGCCACCACUCACUCAUCAGGGCCCCACCACCAGAUCCAGACCCACCCGGCCUUCCUCCCCAGUCAUGGACUGUACACUUGCCAGAUUGGAAAGUUCCACAACUGGACAAAUGGGGCAUUCCUGGGUCAGAACUCCCUCCUAAACGUGAGGUCGUUUCUGGGAGUAAACCAGCACCAUCACCACCACCACUUGCAGGCCCAGCAGCAGCAGCAGCAGCAGACAUCAGUGGUGGUGUCGCCAGUAGCAGCCGCAGCAGCACUCAGCAACGACAGCAAGGCCCCAGCAGAGACCCACAGUCCCAAGCACAUAGAACACGAAAACGGUGUAAGGUCCGUUUCACCUCCAACACAGAUUCUGAAGUCUUCCUUUCGACCCAUCCACGACAGAUCCUCUCUGCCUUCCAGCGCCAGGAGUCCACAAGACGCCACGCAACGAGUCCUCACUGCUCUCUCCUCGGCUUGAUCAAGACAUUUUUUCCGUGCUUGAAAAAAAAAAAGAAAAGAUAAAUAGAAAAAAAAAAGACUGUAAAAGACUUUACACUCCCUAAAAAGAGACACUGAGAAAUAAUAAUGCAGCGUAGCAUCCAGUCGGUACAGAACAAAUGGCGUAAUUUGGUAAUA